AUGCCUAUCGCCCAUAACUUAAAUAAAGUGUCCAAGAAUGUAUCCAAAGCAACCGGAUCAAUUCAUAUCAAAGGAAGAAAGUUCAAGCAACUUAACAGAGCCACUCUAAGAGAUAAAAAGAUUACAUCCAAGAAGGCAGAGUCAUUAGAAAAGAAGCAAAGAGAUAUGCUUUUGUUCAAGUUUGUUCAAGAAGUUCUUAACACAGAAUUCAAAGACAAAUCCCAAUUCACGUUGGAUGAUAUGAAAUUACUCAUUGAAAGCUUUCUUGCCAGAUUUGAUGAUGAAUUGGAAGAAAUGAAGAAAGAUAAAAGACCAGGAAGACCUGUUUCCACAAAGCAAAAGAUCUUGCAGGAGAAGAUAAAUCAUGAUAAACAAUUAUACCAAACAGGCAUAAGAUUCCCUGAUAUCUCUGAUCCUCAUACGGUUGAACGUAUAAGGUUAUGGAAUGGUUCAUCUGGUGGAACAACAGUAAUGAAGUUUGUGUUUAUUUCAAAGUCAAUGGCCCAAUUGCCUGUUAAGGAGGUAUCAAUGAAGGAAUAA